CUUUGGCUCAUCGAGAUACGCAUGAAUUUAUGAAAUAGUCAGAAAACAGUUGCUUUUGGAGAAUAGCACACAGAGCACCGAAAAAGUGUAAAUAAAUUUCAAGUAUUAAACGUAUUUUAGUAAAUUCUUUUUCAUUUUUUUUUUUUAAACCAAAAACAAGACUCAAAAACUAAAAACGCGAAGAACUGCAGAAGUGAAACAUUUGUUUGCUUGGAAGUUGUAAAAUAGUGCAGUCGAUGAGAUGCCGAGACAAACGACAAGUGCAAAAAAGACAUCGCUGAAUGCUGUGGAGCAAUACGAGUUGAAUCAAUGGCUGGAACAGAAUCACAUCAAUUCCACAAAUCUGCGCAGAUCCUUUACGGACGUCUUGCCAUUGGCACGUCUCCUUUCACGCUAUUAUCCGGAUCUAAUUGAUUUGAAUUACUAUCCGCCACGGAAUAGUGUACACAAUAAGCUGUGCAAUUGGGAGUCCUUCAAUAAACGUGUCCUGGCACGCCUGGGACUGCAUUUGAGCCGUGAUCAAAUGGUGCGUGUGGCACGUAGUGUGCCCGGAUCUGUGGAUCUAUUGCUCUUUAACAUAAUGCGCAUACAAAUGGCGGCAGAGCGUAAGGCACGUGAGGCGAAUGGCAGCACGGAUGAAGAUGAGGAGGAUGAUAGGCAUGCUGAGGCUGAUAAUGUGGCUAAUAAUGAGCUGCAUAAGAAUGCAGAGCAGCUCAAAGAGCAACCAACAGCAACAACAACAGCAGCGAAUGCUGUGAAAAUUCCAGCUGCUUUGGAUGAUGAUGAUGAUGCUGGUUCGGUGUUGCCGCCAAAACCGAAUAUGCCCAAGACCUUAAAGCUGGCACAGGCAGCGCUCAAACGCUCCGAGAGAUUACAAAUGGCCACCGCUGGCAUCUUGCAACGUGCUGCCGCACGUGGCAACAACAGCAAUCGUCGUGUGAUGACAACUGGCAGCGAUGUUGCAGGUGCUUCGGGCAUUACUAGGGAACAACAGCAGCAAUCACAACAGCAACAACAACAACCACAACAAAGAGGUGAACAACAAGAAACACAAAACAAACAACCACGUACGGUACUUUAUUCCCAUUACAUGCAGGCCGUCAAUCAGUUGCAACUAAAAAACGCCAAGAUCGCCCGUUUUGACCAAUUGAGCGCCCACUUGGAGAAUAUGCUGCAAUUGAAGUGUGAACGCAUCGAUGAAUUGCAACAGCAGGUGGCAAAUGUUGUCGAGCAUCUCAAGCCCUUAACAACAAACACAGCAACAACAACAACUGACACACACCACAGCAACACAAACAACAACAACACAAACAACAACAACACGAACAACCACAACAAUUCAAACAAACGACGUUUGCGUCUGAAGAAACGCAUUCGUUGCAACACUAACAAUUCCAUUGAGCAUAAAAUUGGAACAAUUGCCAUUCCUGGCAUUGGCAUCGCCGGUGCUUCCUUUCCCGUCAAAUUGUCUCAAUUUCAUUAAUCUAUCCAACGCUCUAUUUAUAUUUAUAUA